UUCCGCUUCAUUUUUUUACAUUGCUGCUGUCAAUUUCGAGUUUCAAAUUCAACUCAACUUGCCGGCAGAGCACGCUUCACUCUUAUAUAGCCACACGUUAUUCGCAACUAUCUUCUAGAAAAUUCAAUAUGAAUGUUCUCGAGUCCCUUUUUCUCCCACUUAUUCGUAUUUGACAUUUUCCUCAAAUUAUUAAAAAAAAAAAAACUUCAUCAUAUAACGCGUUAUGUAAUUGAAAAUUCCAUUCGCUCAAUGUUGACGCAUCGUUAUUGUGACCAUGAAGAUUUUCGACAAUUUUUAGCGUUCAACUCCGAUCUAAAUGUUAAAAUUAUGCUCUCAUUUUUGUAAAUACACUACUUGUUCACAAGUUCAUAAUUCUUGAUUUGAAUGGCAAUGUUUUAUUUUACUUUCUAUACCAAUAAUACAAUUCUUCACUGUGCUUACAUGGCGUAUUCAUUGUGCUCGCCACGUUUGUAAGCAGCUGACAUUUUGACAACUAUUGCUGUCAGAAAACGUAUUACAAACAUACAGAUAUGUUAUACGUUCUCUGUUGCUGUGGCAGUAAACAAUUUUAGAUGGAGAUAUGUUGGGAUUUUAAAACUUAUAAAUUUUGUGAAAGAAUAGUGUAAAAAUGGAUAGUGAACCAAAACCAGAGGCAAAAGAUUUGCCUGCGCGCCCAUUCAAAUUGGCGCAUCAAAUUGUGAGUUUGACUGGCAUAAGUUUUGAACGAAAGAGCAUAAUUGGAGCUGUGGAGCUAACUAUCGUGCCAACGAAGGAAAAUUUACGACUUAUACGGUUGAAUGCAAAGCAGUGCCGCAUUUAUCGUAUAUUAUUGAAUGAUGUCUGCGAGGCGGAGUUCUAUUAUUUUGAUCCUUUUAUGGAUAUUUGUCAAGGCGAUACCAAAGUACGCUCAUUGGAUGUGUAUUCUAAAAAUCAUCUCUCUGGCGCACAGAAAACCGAUCCUGACGUUAACUGUGGCGAGUUACUGAUACUGAUACCACCAGAGGGCUAUCACAUGAUACAAGAGGGACGUGGCUUACGUAUUGGCAUUGAGUUCUCUAUGGAAGAUCCACGAGGAGGCAUACACUUUGUUAUACCACCAACCAGCGAGGAUGAAACGCAACCCAACAGCGCCCAUAUGUUUACGUAUGCGUAUGAAAACUCGACCCGCCUAUGGUUCCCAUGUGUUGAUAGUUUCGCUGAUCCAUGCACAUGGAAACUUGAAUUUACCGUUGACAAACAUUUGACUGCUGUAUCCUGCGGCGAAUUGGUGGAAGUCGUUAUGACACCGGAUUUGAGGCGAAAAACAUUUCAUUAUUCACUCACAACGCCUGUCUGUGCACCCAACAUAGCUCUAGCAGUUGGCCCAUUCGAGAUCUAUGUAGAUCCCCAUAUGCAUGAGGUUACGCAUUUCUGUUUACCGCAAUUGUUGCCACUUUUGAAAAACACAGUGCGUUAUCUGCACGAAGCCUUUGAAUUCUUUGAAGAAACUCUUUCUACACGUUAUCCCUUCUCAUGCUACAAACAGGUUUUUGUAGAUGAACUAGAUACCGACAUAAGCGCUUAUGCAACGUUAAGCAUUGCUUCUGUUCACCUUAUGCAUUCCAUUGCUAUCAUCGAUCAGACUUAUAUAACACGUACUUUAAUGUCGCGCGCCAUUGCAGAACAGUUCUUUGGUUGUUUCAUCACCUCACACCAUUGGUCCGACACUUGGUUAGCUAAAGGUAUUGCUGAAUAUUUGUGCGGCUUGUAUUCCCGAAAAUGUUUCGGUAAUAAUGAGUACCGAGAAUGGGUUCAAUCGGAAUUGGCGCGAGUGGUGCGCUAUGAGGAGCAAUAUGGUGGUAUUAUACUUGAUUGCAGUCAACCACCAGCGCCACUACCGGUGUCCAGUACAAAUCCGGCAAGUGUAGCUAGCAAACAAACAGAAAUCGUGCAUUAUUUUCCGAUAAAAAGUUUGCACACUGUCUCUCCUAAAUAUGUGGAAGCAAUGAGACGCAAAGCGCAUUUGGUCAUACGCAUGUUGGAGCAUCGCAUAGGUCAAGAGUUGCUGAUACAAGUAUUCAACAAACAAUUGGUAUUGGCUACAAAUGCUGCCGUGACCAAAAUUGGCUCAGGGCUAUGGCAUCACUUGCUUAUAUCCACGAAUAUUUUCAUCAAAGCGAUUUUUACCGUAACCGGUAAGGAUAUGUCUGUUUUCAUGGAUCAGUGGGUGCGUACAGGUGGUCACGCGAAGUUCUCCUUCACCUCGGUGUUCAAUCGAAAACGUAAUACAAUUGAAUUGGAAAUACGGCAAGAUUUUGUUAAUCAACGAGGCGUGCGUAAAUAUAAUGGACCUUUGUUGGUGCAAUUGCAAGAGUUAGAUGGCACUUUUAAACACAUGCUACAGAUUGAGAAUACAGUGGUGAAGGCAGACAUAACUUGUCACUCGAAGAGCCGACGAAAUAAAAAGAAGAAAAUUCCGCUCUGUACAGGCGAAGAGGUCGAUAUGGAUCUGUCGGCGAUGGACGAUUCACCGGUACUUUGGAUACGCUUGGAUCCGGAAAUGAUUUUGAUACGUGACUUAAAUAUUGAACAACCGGAUUUCCAGUGGCAAUAUCAGUUGCGGCACGAGCGUGAUGUAACCGCACAGUUUGAGGCCAUAAAAGCCUUAGAGAAAUAUCCAACAAAUGCGACACGCUCAGCGCUAACGGAUACCAUUGAGAAUGAGCGCUGUUUUUAUAAAGUGCGCUGCGAGGCAGCACAUUGUCUGACCAAAGUAGCUAAUCAAAUGGUGACACAAUGGAGUGGACCACCGGCUAUGUUGAAUAUCUUUCGAAAAUUCUUUGGCUCAUUUAGCGCACCCCAUAUUAUAAAGCAAAAUAACUUUUCAAACUUUCAGCUAUACUUCUUGCAAAAAGUCAUACCCGUGGCAAUGGCUGGCCUCCGCACAUCACAUGGAAUCUGUCCGCCAGAGGUUAUACGCUUUAUACUAGAUCUUUUCAAAUAUAAUGAUAAUACACGCAAUCACUAUUCGGAUGUUUAUUAUCGCGCUGCAUUGGUGGACGCCUUGGGCAAUUCUAUUACGCCUGUAGUUUCAGUGGCGUUACGUGGUACACCAAUUACUUCCGAUAGUCUUUCUGCGGAUGCUAAGCUUGUACUCGAAGAAGUCACACGGCUUCUAAAUAUGGAAAAGAACUUGCCGUCAUAUAAAUAUAUGGUAUCAGUUUCGUGUCUAAAAGUGAUACGUAAACUUCAAAAAUGUGGUCACUUACCUUCGCUGCCAAAAAUUUAUCGUUGUUAUGCAGCUUACGGACAAUACAUUGAUUUACGUAUCGCAGCCAUGGAAUGUUUGGUGGAUUUUGUUAAAGUAGAUGGUCGCUGGGAGGACUUGGACCAUUUAAUAACGCUUUUAGAGACAGAUCCCGAUCCAGCAGCCAGGCAUGCGCUGGCGCAACUUCUAAUCGACAAUCCCCCCUUCACGCGUGAGUCACGUAGUAGCCGCUUGGACCGUCCGGAGUUAGUAGAACGCUUAUGGGUGAAUAUGAACCACAAAUUAGCCUUCGAUACAAAAUUACGUUGUGAUAUGGUGGAUUUAUAUCAUGCUUUAUAUGGCACGAAGCGACCAUUAUGCCUGCAAUCAGCCGAAGUCAGCAAUAUGUAUAAAGAAAUCAUUAAGGAAGGCAAUAAGAAAGCGAACAUGCCCGGCAGCGAUGUAGUUUCAAACAAUGAGUCGAAAGCCCCGCCACCUACGAAGGAAGACAAGGAUGAAGUUGUAGAUAUUGUCGAAGAACAAAUAAAAAAUACCGUUACACCAAUGAAACGCACAGCCACCGAAGCAUUUGAGGUAGACAAUGAAAUUAUAAAAUUGGAAACAACCGAAGUCGUAACGGUUGUCGAGGAAAAUGAUAUGAAAGUGGAGUCAAUAGAAAAUCAAACAAAGAUUGAUGUUAAAGAAGAUGUGGUGGAGAAAGCGGCAGUACUUUCGCCUGAGCCGAAACGUUUGAAAAGCGAAAUUUUCGAGGAGGAUGAUAACUCCGUUACAAUUAUCGAUAUUGGUGAUACCUCUUUAAUGAAGGCAGAUAGUAGCUUUGAGGCGAAUAAAACGGAUGCCGAUAGUAGACACAAAGGCGAGAACACUACGAAGCAGAAGAAGAAGAAGAAGGACAAAAAGAAACACAAACAUAAGCAUAAACACAAGCAUAACAAAGAGAAGGAGCGCGACAAAGAGCGUGAACGUAAAGAUAAAAAGGAUCCCAGCAUUUCACGUAUACAGGCAAAGGAAGCUACACCUGAAACACUCAGCUCAGCAGACAGCAGUAAUUCAAAUAGUAAUCCGCCAACGUUAAAUUUAACAUAAACUAAAUAAUGCAAUACACUUUUACAUAUAUCAUACAUUUUACUUUUAUAUACAGUAAUUUGCUAAAAUUACACAUCAAAAGUAUGUUUAGAGUUAAAGUUUUCUAGCAGCAUUUUUUUUAAAUAUGUAUAUGCAUAAAAUAUAAUGAUUAUUCAGGUGAAGUUUUCGGCUACUUAUAAAAUGUAAUGGAAAUGGUACAUAUACAGUGCGUAUACACAUUGCAACAUACAUAUGUAUGUAUAUUUUAUAUAAAUUCACUACAAUCAUUAAUUUUUUUUUAGUUUUAGUUUCGCUGCCUAGAUUUUCGUAACUCCGUUUUGUUUCGUUUUUCGAAAUAUACGUUUUUUUCUACAGAACUAUAGUGUUAAGAAUUACAAAUACAUAAUUAAUUAUAAAUAAACGUGCAGUACAUGCCAAUCAAAGCUUGAUAAA